AUGGAGGACGACAGACCGGUUGUCCGCCGCCGCCAGGAACCCACCGUCGUCAGGACGGAGGACGACGACGUGGCUUCCUGCGAUGAGGACUCGGACUCGGACGGCGAGUUCGAGUUCCCCUUCGUGAGCCGGGAGUCCGCCGAGGUGGGCGCUGGCGCCGCGGCGGCCGACGAGCUCUUUGCGGGCGGCCGCAUCCGGGCGUUCUACCCGGUGUUCGGCCGAGUCCUGGACGAGGCCGCCCCAGCGCCAGCCGCGCCGGCGCCGAGGGCGUCGUUCGGGCGGCUGUUCCAGCUGGAGCAGGCGCGGACAUCGUCCGUCGCUUCCAUGUCCUCCUCCUCCUCUUCCACCUCGGCGUCGUCCUCGACGACGGACACGGGCGCGGGCGCGGGCGCGGGCCUCGACGGCGCGUCCCCGGACAGCUACUGCCUCUGGACGCCCGGGUCGUCGGCUUCGGCGGCGUCCUCGCCCUCGCGGCCGCCGCGGAAGAGCGGGUCCACGGGCUCCAUACCGCGGUGGCGCCGCAUCGGGGAGCUCGUCGUCGGGCGCAGCCACAGCGACGGCAGGGAGAAGUUCCUCUUCCUCUCCGCGCCGCCGUCCCCGGCCAGGGACAGGGAGCACUCCUCCUCCGCCUCCGAGGCGAAGGCGAAGCAGCCGCCCAAAGGAAGUAAAGCCGCCGCCGCCGCUACCGCCGCCGCCACCGAGCUCGAUACGAUCGCGGCGGGGCGCCGGGUGUCCUACGGCGGCGCCAAGGCCUCCACCGGCGGAGGCCGGCGCACGUUCCUGCCGUACCGGCAGGACCUCGUGGGGCUGUUCGCCAACGUGCGCGGGCUCAGCCGGAGCCACCACCCGUUCUGA